GAAUUUCAAUUUUUGAUUUUGUUUGUGGUUUUUACAUUUUUUCAUAAUUUAAAUAAUUUGUAUUUGUUUUUAAACGCUAGUAUGAAGACUGCAACUUUAAAUGUGUACAAACCCAAUAAGCAACGGAAUAUUUAUGAAAGAAAUCAAAUUAACGAAACUGAUUGUUUGACCCAUUCUUUAUUCUUCUAAAUCUUUACUUUUUUUUUGCAACCUGAUGUCGUACACAUUUAAUAUUUCGAUUAUUGUUAAAAUUUUUAAACCUUCAGGUUGCAAAGAUAUAGGGAUUCGCAAAUCAAAGUUUGCGGCGAGCGCACUUCCUUUGUAACCCUACGUCCAUAUUGGAAACAUUGUGUAAUAAUUGAUUUAUACUCAGUAUUAUUAUUAACCCUUUUAGAAGUGGUAAAAAAAACUCACUAAUCUAUUAACAAAACGUAAUUUUAUCCUUUUAAACAUGAAUUUUGUACAGAGACUUAAAUAAGUCUAUGUCGAUGUAAAUUGUACAAAAAAACACUUUUGUAAUUGUAAAUCAGUGUAUUGGUGAUAUUAUUGUAUAUUUUUGUCAAUGCAUUUCUAGACAAAAUAGUUUUCUGAAGCUUCUCUUUUGAGGUUGAAGUUGUUCAGAAAAUGCUUUCUAAGAUGGCAGGGGGGUAUACUCUUUUCAAAUUUAAUUAUUUUAAAUAGAAAAUGCGCCAUUUUAGUUUAGAACACCUGAAAUGUUGAUAUUGUUGAAAAUAUAUACACCCCUUCUCUUGUGUUGCCAUGAACAUUUUAAGAAACCAUCCUAUAGAAGGAUAAAAAUGGAUGAAAACGAGAAUUGCGCUUGACUGAAGUUUUAAAUGAUUUUCCUGGACUAACCUUCUUUUGAAAUUUAAAAUUUUAAAAAUGUUAUUGAAUCAACCUUAAAUGGAAUAUGUAAUAUUAAGUAUAUACCAAAGUUUUAGAACUCGCAUUUGAAGAAGGGUAGAUCCCCCCCCCUGAUCCUCUUUAUCCUUCUAGGUUAACCAACACCCCUGCACAAGUAAACUUUCUAGUUUUAUAACUAUCUUCACAUCCUUCAUACUUUCAGAUAAACCAUGGGCAAUGUGAUCAAGAAUUUGGAUAGAAACAAGGAGUUGAAGAAGAAGAGUUAACAGUAACAAAAAUAAAAAAAUUGACAAGAAGCUUUUGAAGAUUUAAAUAUCAAGUAAACAGUAAAAGAUGACGAGUCGACGGUGGUUCCACCCCAACAUCCACGGUGUAGAAGCUGAACAUCUUCUCCUUGAACGAGGAGCUGAUGGUAGUUUUCUAGCUCGACCUAGUAAAGGAAAUCCGGGAGAUUUUACACUCUCAGUUCGAAGGCAUGGUGAGGUGACACAUAUAAAAAUACAGAAUACAGGAGACUUCUAUGAUCUAUAUGGAGGGGAAAAGUUCGCCACGCUCUCAGAGCUGGUUCAGUUCUACAUGGAGAAUAAGGGUCAGCUCAAGGAGAAGAACGGAGAUGAGAUCAGAUUAAUCUAUCCUCUAAACUGUGCUGACCCAACCACUGAAAGGUGGUUUCACGGGCAUCUGAGCGGCAGAGAGGCAGAAAAGGUGCUGAUGGAUAAAGGCCGCUAUGGUUCCUUCCUAGUCCGAGAGUCCCAGGGACAACCAGGGAAUUAUGUUAUUUGUGUAAGAGCUGAGGAUAGAGUUACUCAUGUCAGAAUUAGAACUGUUGGAGAUAAAUAUGAUGUCAAUGGCGGAGACCUUUUUGACAGCCUUACUGAACUUAUAGAACAUUACAAGAAAAAUCCCAUGGUUGAAACGUCAGGAAGUGUACUGCAUCUCAAUCAUCCGUACAACGCUACAAGAGUCAAUGCUGGCAAGAUUGAUGUCAGGGUCGCUGAGUUGCAGAAGGAGAGCGGAAGCUCGAGCUUCGGUGGAGAGAAGGCGGGCUUCUGGGAGGAGUUUGAGAGCUUACAACAACAGGAGUGUAAGCACAUGUACAGUAGAUUAGAAGGACAAAAACCUGAAAACAAAGCCAAGAAUAGAUACAAGAAUAUACUUCCCUUUGAUAAUACAAGAGUUAUUCUCAGGGAUGCUGACCCUACUGUGCCUGGAAGUGAUUAUAUAAAUGCUAAUUAUAUCAAACAAGAAGAGGAUGGUAUUGCCAGACCACAGGGGUUCAAACAGUACAUAGCAACCCAGGGUUGUUUACUAACAACACGGGGAGAUCUCUGGAAUAUGAUUUGGCAGGAAGGAACACUUCUUAUUGUUAUGACCACCAAGGAAAUGGAGAGAGGGAAGGUUAAGUGUGCUAAAUACUGGCCCGAGAAGGUAGAUACUACUGAAACCUAUGACGGAGUAACUGUAACUAACAUCCUGGAGAAACAGAACAAAGAUUACAUACUCAGACAGUUCCUGGCUAAGAAAGACGGUGAGGAGAGGAAUAUAUUUCACUUUCAUUUCCUUGGUUGGCCGGACCAUGGGACUCCAGAAGAUCCAGGAUCCGUUCUUAACUUCCUGCACGAUGUCAAUCUCAAACAGGAAAAUCUUGAGAAAGCGGGACCUAUUGUUGUUCAUUGCUCAGCUGGAAUUGGGAGAACAGGAACAUUUAUUGUCAUUGAUAUGAUCAUUGAUCAGAUUCAGAGAUUGGUGGUGUUUAUUUCUCACUUUAGUUUUGUUGCCUUUGGCCUUGUUUUUCUGUAUAGAGUAGAGGUGAGUAAAGAGCUAACUGGUGUGAACAUUAUGUUUGUGUACAGGUUGGCGGCUGAACAGAAAUCUGUACUGCUUGGUCGAGAGUAUACGAAUAUUAAAUAUGCUGCUGAAUUCGGAAAUAUAGCUGACCCGUUGAGAUCUCCAUUCACCCGGUCAACUUUGAGCCUGGCUUCACUUUCACACUCUAAGAAAUCAUCCUUGGCAGGGUCUGUGAGUAUGUCUCAGAGUAGUUUGGUUCUCCCCCGACCUCCAGAUGACCUCCCUCUAGGCUUCUGUGAGAACCUAGCUAAGGAUAAAGAGGCUUUAGGUGACCUCAAUAUAGGACCCCCUCCUAGUUAUGCAGCUCCUACCCCUCCUGCUAGAAAAUGAAACUGUUCCCAUAUCUGCAGAGUAGGAUAGAAAUUCCAUUCCAUUCUUCUAGAAAAUGAAACUGUUCCCAUAUCUGCAGA